CUCAAAACCCUCCCUCGUACUGUAUAUAAGACCCCCGCUGAACGACUGCAGAUACGUGUAGCUUCCUCCGACUAUACUCUGCAGUUAGAAGCUGUAAAGCAAGCCGCAUAUCGUCCUCCCUCAUAGCCGCCCUCUGGCACUGAAACCAGCUUCAUUAGCCUCAUUUCGUCACCCCUUGUCGGCGACAGAGAAAGGGAAUGCAAACGGAAACACUCUACGCCAAUGACGACGAGUACGAGGACAGCAAGGCGGCGAAUAUCCCCGCUUCAGUCGCCUCUUAUUUCACUCCACCCACCACCGCAUCCAAUGAACUCGCGCUUUCGAAUCCUCAAAACACCCGCACAUCUCCCCUCGAAUUCCCCUCUCAUCCAGCCCCAUCGACCCUAAUCCUAACCACGUCACUUUUAUUUGCCCAAUGGCAGUACACAUACCUCAUUCCCCUGCUCGUGGUGGCGUAUAUGCUGAUGUUGGGGUUGGUCGCGGGGUGCGGGGUGGGGAGGGCGCUGUGGGAUGUGUUGGUUGGGGUGGGGGACGCAGUUAGGGAUGAUGUGGAUGAGGAGUUUGAGGUUAGUGAGGAGGGGCGGGAGAGGGGGGUGCGGGGUGUUAGACUGGUAACGGCACCCGCAAUCCUGGUGUACCUCACCGCCCGCGGCCUCACCCUCGGCACCCUCGGCACGUUGCACUAUCUCUACUCCUUGUUUCAUUCGGGGCACGCCACGGCGAUACUCCGUCACAUCACCAACACCUCAUAUAUCAUCACGACUGGGAUGUGGACGGUGUGGGUAUCCCUCCCCGCCCGCGUUGUGCGGGUUGUGGGCAAGGAGGUGGGGAUGACGGUGUGGGGAAUGACGAGGAGCGGGGUGAGGGUGGCGACUGGCGUUGUGGGUGAGGUUGCGGGGGUUGCGGGCAUGUCUGCAUGGAUCGGCACCUGGGUUUUCGGGAGGGGGUUAAGGCUGGUUACGCUGACCCGCCCUGUGGCGAUGUACACCGCUCGGACUGCGUAUGGGAUGAUGGUGCGACCGCUUAUGUUGCGGGUGGGGAACGCUGCGUUUGGGGGGUUGCAGGCCGGGUUCCAGGUAGCGCAUGUCUGGUCGGCUGUGUUGUUGCGGACAUGGACGGUCAGCGGCACCAUCACCGUUGCCCUCGCGAAUCGACUCACGCCCAUCGCCACAGCAUGCCUAUGGGCUCUGAUAACGCAAGCGACUAGACUCUGGGCGCGCCUAUCGUUUCCGGCUUUCGAGGUGGAUGAGGACGCGGUUGAGAGGGUGGGGAGGGUUUUGGGGGCCGUGUUGAGAGCGGGUCCGGGUGCUUAUGAGGCGGUUGUGGAGCCGAUGGUGGAACGGGCUGUCCGUGCCGCGUCGUCACUCGCCUCGUCUGUUGAGGUAUCACCAUCGACAUUGGAGCACGAACAGGAAGGAGAAAGCGAAAUGCCACAAACACCAUCCGUCAUGACACAUACCCCGGCGUCCACCACCUUCACACCCAUCACCACCACAACCAUCACGGCAUUUACCUUCCCCACAUCGCCUUCCCUAACCGUCCCGACCCUCACAGCACUCAACGACUCCCUCCUCACCGCCGAAUACACCCUGUCCCUCAUCCUCCUCGGCAUCUUCAGCUUCAUCCAACACACCCAACACCUCGCACUCCAGUCCCUCUCUUCGACCCCGUCCGCGACGUUACAAACAAUAUCGCUACCGACACCCCACCCAAUCCGUCUCCUCACUCAGUCCUCGCAUUCUGUGAGUCGCAUAACGCGGCGUUGGGUGGGGGUGUGGACGGUGCUGGCGGCGGUGAGGGGCAGGGUGAGGGAGGUUCGGGAGGGUGUGGGGAGGGCUGGUGGGAGCAGCGGGAGUGUUUUGGUUGGGGGUAGAUGAGAGGUUGUAUGAAGAGGGGGAUUGUAAGUAGUGCGUUUGUUUUAGUUGUAGAUUCAUGGAGUGGAGGGUUUACUUUCUUGGAAGUAACGGGAGAGGGUGAAUGCUUGUAUAUUCUGUAUGUUGUAGUAGAAGAUACCUCGGAGGAAUGGAUCGCCAUAACAUCGAUUCGAAAAACGUGUACU